AUGACAACAACGGCAGAUGUACCCCUUCUGAUCAUUUCAGAAAACGCUCGAUCUGAGCGACGCAUCUCGCCUGCCUGGACCAUAGCUCAAUUGAAGGGGCGCUUGGAGCCCAUCACGGGCGUCCCGGCCUCUUCGCAGAGGCUGACCCUGAAAGUCGCUUCUUGGCCUGACCAGAACCUGCAGACUGUUGAUCAAGAGAAUACGCAACUCGGCGCAUUCACUUUGCAAAGCUAUGCAGAACUUCACGUUGCAGACACUCGUCCAGCAGGACUUCGCGCCAACUACACAGAUGUAUCGGCAGUCGAAAAAUACGAAAUGCCGCCCGACGAGUACGAGAGCCGGACUGACAGCGUACUGCACUGGAAGAAGACACAUCAGCUAGGCCGAUUCGAUCCUAAUGCCCCAAGCAUAGAGCAGCAGAAGGUCGCUGGUGUUGACAGGGAGAUCGAAGAGAGAGGGAUCAAAUUGGACGCACGUUGCCGUCUCCUGGCUGCGAAUCAAAGCGAGAGCUCAGUUGAACGUCGCGGAACCGUCAAAUUCAUUGGACACGUUCCUGAGAUCCCUGGUAUUGGUGCUUGGGUUGGUAUUGCAUUGGACGAACCUACUGGCAAGAACGAUGGCACUGUGAAAGGUACCCGCUACUUUCAAUGCGGCGCCAACUGCGGUGUCAUCGUACGCCCUGGGAGAGUUGAGGUCGGCGAUUUUGACGUCAUUGACGAAUUCGGCAGCGAUGAAGAGUUCUAA